AUGGAAUUUAGUUUUACGGACGUUCCCGUCUCGGAUCCGUUCCUGUCUCUGGAGACGAAUCUCGAAGACAUUUCUGUAUACGAACACAGUCAGUAUCGACGAAUCAGCAUAGCACCACCCCAGGACUACUACGAUCCGAACAGGAAUCGUGAGAUCGGUUCCAUCGUUUCGCUCCUGCAGUCACACUCUCCACCAUCGUCGGAUCCUUACGCUGCAAUGAAGUUUUCACCGCCGAAUUUCGACUCGUCGCUCAACGGUGGUGGUCCGGCGAGUAUGCUGCCAAAACUUGGCCCUCCAACAGUACCACCGUUACAACUCAACCACUACCAACCGAGUUCAUUGGUGAGUUGUCCGUAUUUCUAUGGACUAACUUUUUACUAUUUCUUGCCCCACCAUUCAUUUCAUUUGGAGGGGAGCAAAUAG